GGCCCCCCGUAGUUACGCCACUGAUUUGAAUUAAAUCUUUGUCUAAACUCUUUACUCACAUGCUAUCAAACUAUAUUACGCCCACUCGUCAUCUUAAAUAUAUAGAACUUUAUCACUUAGAUAUGAAAAAAAGAAACAACAAACUUUGUAUCUAAUUUUGCUUCAUUAAGAUAGCUUGCUGCUUUUUUUUUUCAUUUAACAUUAACAAAUUAAAAGAAAUUAAUUUAUUUGGCAAUACCGUACUUACAAGUGUUUUUGUUAUUCAUCCCAUUCCUGGUCACGAGUACAUUGUUAUUUAUUAAAGCCACACAUUGAUUAAUAUAUUAUAGGGCAUUUUGACAGGCAGUCAAAUGUUUGCAGGCUUGUUAAAAAAUAUAUGUUCCUGGAUGGGAAGGUGUGAUUGAUUUCAUUAUAGUUUUACCAUCCAAUACUUAACAAGCAAGUUGUCAUGCAUUUGCCAUUCUACUCUUCCUUCAGUUGCAUGAAUCUUGUAACAACUGACAUGGAUAUAUUAUAAUUGUCUAAUUUAAUUGAAUUUUUAAUUUUAUUCAGCUCCAAGCCCGAGUCAUCAGGAAAUGAUGCUGAUGCUGAUUCAGUACCUUCCUUGGAACCUCUGCCUGAGUCUACUACUGUUGUGUCUUCCAAUGUGGACCAGGGUCCAAGUACUAGUAAAGCUGGAAAUCCCGAAGAAAGUGUAGUUAACAUCACUAAAGCACCGAAGUACAAGUGUAAGGUGACAACAAUACUUUCCUGGAAAACGGACUGGGAUUGGAUAGGAUUCCAGGAAAAAGACGGGUAUGUUACACUGGUAUGGUGCGAAGUUUGUAAGGCCUACUAUAGUGAAGGUGGAAAAAGCAGUUUACACCAAGGACAGUCACAAUUAUGCGAAUUGGAAGCAUAUAUAAAGGGGACUGCGAAUGUGAAAAAAGAUACUGCCCGGACCCACAAUGCUAGCAAGCUGCAUCGAGAUGCGAUUAAGGCGACCAAGGCCACCAAAGAGAUGCCUGUUAUUUACAGGCACCUUAAAAAAAUGGACAAAGAGACAUUUACAAGAAUGUGUCACCUUUUUGAUUGGGCAUACACAGUCGCACACUCAGAACUUUGUUUUACAAACUUUCCAGUCUUAAUUAGUGUAGAAAAAAAACAUGGAGUCAACCUUGGUAACACUUAUGCCAAUGACAAGGCAUGCCGAACCUUUGUUGAUGAAAUUGGUGAAACGAUGGCAGACGACUUGAAGCAUCUGUUUUCCACGGAACCCUUCUACUGUUCAAUCCUGUUUGAUGGCAGCACUGACAAGAGCCUCUCGGAAAAAGAAGUAAUUAGUGUUAAGUUGCUUGAGGACGGACUGCCUAGGUUCAAACUUCUUGGAAUUACAGAACCUGGUCAAUGUACUGCUGAGGGCAUAUACAAUGCAAUUACUGCAAAGACUCGAGAAAUGCAGCUUGACAUCAAGACAUGCUGUGUUGCAACAGCAGCUGAUGGAGCUUCAGUUAAUUUUGGGAAAGAAUCUGGUGUACUGGUUCGACUGAAGAAAACAAUGCCAUGGCUUAUAAUGAUACACUGCAUUGCACAUCGUCUUGAGUUGGCCCUGAAAGAUUCAUUCAAGGGUUCAUUUUAUGAACUUGAGAUAGAUAAUCUGAUGAUGCAUCUAUAUUAUAUGUACCGGCGAUCUGUCAAGAAAUGGCACGAGCUUCAGAGAACAGCUGAGACAUUUGGUGAACAUGUAGUGAAACCAUCACGAUCUCAGGGCACCAGAUGGAUAGAUCAUCGCAGAAAGGCAUUAACAGCCCUGAUCCAGGAUUACCGCUGCAUUGUAACACAACUCCAAGAGCAAGGAUCCGAAUUGCGAAAAGACAUCCCAGCAGGAGACCGUGCAAAAAUGAGAGGAUAUUCCAAACUCAUGACCUCACACCGCUUCGUACUAUACUUAGCUUCCUACCAGGAUCUUGUGGAAGACCUGGCAGAAUUGUCGCUCUCACUCCAAGAUGACAAUCUUCCAAUUUCUGGUGUACGAGCAAACAUUGAUCUUGCGCAGGCUAACCUCAUUUCAAUGGUCAAUAAUCCAGGGAGAAAUCUACGUAGAGUCCUACUUGAGACCACAGCUGCUGAAAAUGAUGGCGUUGUAAGAUUUAAAGGUAUCGAGUUGGUGACAUCUCCUUCUGAAGUGGACACGUUCAACAGAAAGUCGAAAGAGAUAAUAGAAAGGAUCACCAUUUGCAUCUCUAGCAGAUUCCGAAAUUUUGUUGAUGACCCAGUGCUUUCAGCAGCUGAUAUUUUAGACCCAACAAACUACCCAACAGAUCAUCAAGCUCUUGCUGUUUAUGGACAAAAGGAAAUUACAACCCUCACAGAUCAUUUCAAUGCACUUCUAGUGAAAAAGGGCUGCCAGGUAGAUGAGAUAGAACGGGAGUGGGCCAAGCUGAAAUAUGAUAUAUCUCGAAAUCACAGACAGGAGGCAUUCUAUCCGUUAUGGCAAAAGAUGCUUACCCAGAAGGAGGACCGGUACAGCAACGUACUCCACCUUGUACGAAUUCUACUGGUCUGCCCUAUUGCCACUGCGCAUGUCGAGCGUCAGUUCUCAUACAUAAAGAGAAUUCUGGGAGACUGGCGUCUCAACCUGGGCCUGAGUACCAUCCAGCAUUUACUCCGAAUAUGUUCUGAGGGACCCGAGCCUGAAAAUUUCCAGCCAGCGCCUGCAGUCAAUCGAUGGAGGUCUUCCUGUGUUAAAUCCAGGAGGCCUGAAAUCAUGCCUUAUGGCCCGAGAAAGAAGGCAAAAUCCAUUGCUGCUACUCCUACAGAUUAUGAGCAAGUGGACAGUGAUACUGACACAGACUAGAGUAGACAAACAUCAGAGUGAGAAACUCUUUGCACAUAUCCGAGUUAGGAUAUUUUUGUUUUAUUAUGGUUCAUGAAUAUGUACCGUAUACUGAACUUAUUUUCAUUGUCAUACAUAAAUGUAGUCUAGUCACCUUGUAACACAUGGUUUCUCGGCUAGGGGAAUAGCCAAACCAUCUAUGCAUAGCCUAGUUUCAGUCAAUGAAGAGAAACUAUCUUCUAGUCAGCUUGACAAAAACGGCAAAAGUACACUAAGUUCAGUUCAGCAUUGGAUAGUGACCACAUUAUCAGUCUAUUCGCAACUUACUUGUACAAUACACAAUUCAUUAUAUGACUAUGGUACUCUUCGGAGUGUGAUUCAGAUGGAAAAUGAGGAUUAUUCACUGAAGUUAAUGUGCAGUUAUCCAGUGAAGUGAUUGGUGCUAUUUAAUGUUCAUUAUCUUCAAAAAGUAGUAACAUUGAGGUAUCCAACGUGACAUUUUCAUAGUAUUGAUCUUUCUUUCUCGUUCUUGAUCAUAAUGGCAUAGACUGUCAUUCUCAGGUCAUUUCUUUGUGAGAAUUAUUUGGUAUGAUAGAAUUGACAAGUUGUAUAGUAUUUUUUUAACAAUAUUAUUUCAAAUGUGUGUUAUUGUUUGCUAUACAGGUUGGUAUAAAGUUUAAACACAGGACCACUGUCUAUUACAUUUAGAAGAUUAAAAGUUUCUAUUUUACAAUAAUUAUUUGAAUUAUUAUCCAAGUAGUAGUUAGUAUGCGGAUAUGCUUAUGAAUGUAUCAGUCAUAGAGUAAUAAUCAAGUGACUCACCCAUUCCCUUAUGGAAUAGUCCUAGGCCUUCAGUAGUAACAUUACAGUUUGUAAUAAUAUGGGAUAAUUUUAUAGAAAAUAAGUUGCCUUCGUGCCUCUUUUAUGAAGGAAAACUUUGCCUUGGUGCCCCUCCAACUUGCCUUGGUGCCCCAAUUUUUGUUCUUGACACGAAGGCAACAUUUGCCGUGCCCUCAAAAAGUUAAAAUUC